CUUUUCCCAAGAGUGCCCACUUUCCCCGGUUCCAUAGAUGAUGUAUUCUACUCUUCAUCGUAUGCCACCGCUGCCAAAGUAUUCGAGAUUAUGACAGCCAGGGCAUUGCUCUUUUGAUGUCCCCGUUGGUCAGUAAUUAGAACACCAUCAUGGAAAUUUACACGCCUUCUCGCUCCGAUCCAGAAGGCGACAUAGAUCCUGUCAAGCUCAAACUUAUUUACUUCAGCAAUGAGUUCCCUUACGAUGACUUGACCACUUUGUUUCGGGAACUCAACCAGCAGAGCAAGGACAGAAGCCAUCCAGUUCUCGCGCACUUCUUAGAAGAAGCAACUCUCGCGCUUCGUGUUGAGGUGAAAGGGCUGCCUGCAGACUUAAAGAGCUUAAUUCCGCCCUUUGAAUCUAUUCUGAACUUUGCAGACUUUGAAAAUCUUCGUAAAGGCCCCCUGUGUGGGUCAAUAGAUGGUAUCUUACUCUGUACCGUUGAGUUAGGAGCGCUCAUUGGACAUUACGAGAGGUUUCCAGAAUCAUUUGACAAUGAUAACACGGUGACAGUUCUGGCCGGCUUGGGCAUCGGUCUCUUAGCCACGGCGGCCGUCUCACUGGCUCCCUCCGUGGCAGACCUCGCCUUGGCCGGAGCAGAGGUUGUGAGACAAGCCUUUCGCCUUGGGGUUUUGGUAAACGAGGUUUCUCAAGAUUUACAAUCAUGCAACACGACGGACACUAGGAUGCUGGAUACCUGGGCUUAUGUGCUGCCAGAAGUGUCUGCCGAUGAGGUCCAGGGACAGCUAGACGCGAUCCAAAAGGAAAAAACGCCAGAAACUAGUAAAAUUUUUAUCAGCGCAGUGAGCUCAACUGCAGUCACAAUCAGCGGUCCUCCCACACGGCUGAAGAGCCUUCUCCGCACAGCCGACUUCUUCAACACUCGGAAAUUUGUUAGUUUGCCAGUGUACGGAGGUUUGUGCCACGCAGAACACAUCUACUGUGAGGAAAAUGUGCAUCAAAUAGUAAGGACACCGUCAAUGAAGAUGUUGAACUCCAAGUUUGUGCCGCGCAUUCCCGUAUAUUCUACCAAUACCGGGCGGCCAUUCGAGGCAAUGGAUGCGAGUGGUCUGUUCGAGCAUAUCAUUCGGGAAAUCCUUAUGCAGAAGAUCCAAUGGGAUGAGGUGAUUGAGGGCGUGAUUCAAAAAGCGUGCGGCAUAGGAGCCUUGGAAUUCCAAGUGCUUGUUUUCCGUAACUCGCUUCCCAUCCACGACCUCAUGGCGGCCAUGAAAAAGACGCGCACAGAAUUGGAGGUGUCCACAGACGAAAUAAUUCCGUGGAUUCACAACAAGAAUUCAACCGAAGAAACUGGCCCAAGAGGGUCAUUGCAAUCCAAAAUUGCAAUCGUGGGUAUGUCCUGUCGGAUGCCUGGCGGUGCCGUGGAUACGGAGCAAUUCUGGGAGCUCCUGGAAAACGGCCUAGAUGUGCACCGGAAGAUCCCUGCGGACCGGUUCGAUGUCGAUACUCACUACGAUCCCGCUGGGAAGAGAGUCAAUGCCAGCUGGACGCCAUACGGAUGCUUCAUCGACGAUCCUGGCUUGUUCGAUGCGCCGUUCUUCAACAUGUCUCCUCGAGAGGCAGAGCAGACCGAUCCGAUGCAACGCCUCGCCAUUGUGACUGCGUAUGAGGCGCUUGAGAGGGCGGGCUACGUCGGGAAUCGUACAGCAUCGACCAACUUGCAUCGCAUCGGAACUUUCUAUGGCCAAGCCAGCGACGACUACCGCGAAGUUAACACAGGACAGGAAGUGAGCACCUAUUUCAUUCCAGGUGGAUGCCGUGCCUUCGGCCCCGGCCGGAUAAACUACUUCUUUAAGUUCUCGGGCCCAAGUUAUAGUAUUGACACUGCUUGUUCUUCAAGUUUGGCGGCUAUUCAGGCUGCUUGUUCAUCGCUGUGGAACGGUGAUACCGAUAUGGUGGUAGCCGGCGGCAUGAACGUCCUGACCAACUCGGAUGCUUUUGCCGGUCUGAGUAAUGGUCAUUUCCUGUCCAAGACUCCCAAUGCCUGCAAGACGUGGGACUCUCAGGCAGAUGGUUACUGCCGUGCCGAUGCGGUGGCGUCCAUCGUCCUGAAACGUCUCGAAGACGCAGAAGCUGACAACGACAAUAUUCUGGGUGUCAUCCUAAGCGCGGGCACGAACCAUUCAGCUGAGGCCGUCUCCAUAACCCAUCCGCACGCAGGCCACCAGGCAUAUCUGGGUCGGCAGGUGUUGAACCGUGCUGGUGUUGACCCUCUUGACGUUAGCUUCGUCGAGAUGCAUGGAACAGGUACCCAGGCGGGCGAUAUGGAGGAGAUUCAGUCAGUGAUGAAUGUUUUCGCGCCGCUCACAAAACGACGAAGCGCCAAAAAUCCGCUCUACAUUGGUGCUGUGAAGUCCAAUGUCGGCCACAGUGAAGCGGCAGCUGGUGUGACAGCGUUGCUGAAGGUCCUGCUGAUGAUGGAGAAGAACGCAAUACCACCACACGUCGGGAUCAAAAACAGCCUCAAUCCCAAGUUUCCCAAGGAUUUGGACAAGCGGAAUCUCCAUAUCCCGUACAAGAAGACAGAGUGGCCGCGCCCACCGGGAAAGAAGCGCAUUGCUGUCGUAAACAAUUUCAGCGCUGCUGGAGGCAAUACAACGAUUGCUCUUGAGGACGGACCGUUACGCGAAAGGAUCGGGAUAGAUAGUCGUUCGACAUACGUCGUUACUGUUAGCGCCAAGAGCAAGGUCUCACUCCGAGGUAACAUCUCGAGACUGCUUGCGUAUCUAGACAGCAAGCAAGAUGUCUCUCUAUGCGAUCUCUCCUAUACCACCACAGCUCGACGCUACCACCAUAAUCAUCGCGUUGCCGUUGCAGCUUCAUCCGUCGCGCAAUUGAAGAAACAGCUUAUGUCUACACUUAGUAACGUUGACUCGCACAAGCCCAUUGCCACAACGGGACCGCCUCCCAUCGCUUUUGCAUUCACCGGCCAGGGAGCGUCGUUCAAAUCAUAUAAUCUAGAACUGUUCCAUGAUUCGCCGUAUUUCCGCUCCCAGAUCUUGCACCUGGAUGCAAUUGCACAGAGUCAGGGAUUUAACUCCUUCAUUCCUGUCCUUGAUGGCAGUUAUCCACAAGAUCAUCAACAUUCGGCGGUCAUCACACAGCUUGCACAGACUUGUUCUCAGAUCGCUCUCGCCAGGUACUGGGGCACCUUGGGGUUGAAACCUAAUGUAGUCGUUGGACAUAGUCUGGGCGAGUAUGCAGCGCUCCAUGUUGCUGGUGUGCUUUCUGCGAGUGACACUAUCUUCCUCGUUGGUCGCCGGGCACAAUUGCUAGAACAGAAGUGCAAGAUCGGCAGCCAUAAAAUGGUGGCUGUACGAGCUACCUUGGGGCAAAUCGAAGAGACUGUGGGUGGUAAGCCGUACGAGAUCGCCUGCAUCAAUGGCCCUAGAGACGUCGUACUUAGCGGCUCGGUGGUAGACAUGGAUACAAUCAUCCCCAUUCUGGAGAAGGACAGCUACAAGUGUUUUAGUCUUGAUGUCGCCUUCGCCUUCCACUCUGCACAGACCGACCCCAUUCUCAACGAUUUCGAGGAGAUCGCCAGUUGCGUGCUUUUCCACGCUCCCCAAAUUCCGGUCAUCUCACCGAUACUCAACAAGGUCAUCUUCGAUGAUAAGACAGUGAAUGCCACAUAUAUGCAGCGUGCAACGCGUAACUCUGUCGACUUUGUGUCAGCGCUAGAGACAGCUCGUGACAUUGGAGCCAUCGACGACGAGAUGGCGUGGAUCGAGAUCGGGCCGCAUCCGGUAUGCAUUAACUUUGUCAAGGGGACUCUGUCAGAUGUGCAUAUGGCUGUACCAUCUUUGCGCCGCGGAGAGAGCAAUUGGCAAACCAUGGCGCAGAGUCUGGCAUCUCUGCACUGUGCGGGCGUUCACGUCGACUGGAACGAGUUUCACCGACCGUUCGAAAAGGCACUUCGGCUGCUAGACCUACCGACGUACUCGUGGAAUGACAAAAAGUACUGGAUCCAGUACAACGGGGACUGGGCGCUCUCCAAAGGUAAUAAUUUCUACGAUGCAGAGAAGGGGCUGAACCAACCGCAAGUGGUGGUGAAGUCGAGUCUGAGCACAUCUACGGUGCAGCAUAUCAUCGAGCAGAAGUUUGAUGGAGCGGCCGGUACUGUGGUCAUGCAGUCUGAUCUAGCGCAGACCGACUUGCGCGCUGCAGCUUGGGGACAUAAGAUGAACAAUUGUGGUGUGGUUACCUCGUCUAUCCAUGCAGACAUUGCAUACACGCUUGGUGAAUAUUUUUACAAAGGACUCAAGCCCGACACCAAAGAUGUACACAUGAAUAUCUCCAACCUACAGGUUUUGAAAGGGCUAGUUGCAAACAAAAAUCCAGACACACCCCAACUGAUCCAAGUUUCUGUGUGCACAGCCGAUAUCAACUCCAACACAGCCGAACUGAAGUGGUACAACGCACACGCUGAUGAGCCGUUCGCCAGCGCAACCCUCAUCUACGCCAACCCAGCCGACUGGCUAGAAUCAUGGAUGCCAAUGACGCACCUCGUGCAGGGGCGCAUUAACGACCUUGAACGGCUUGCUAAGAAGGGAGUGGCCAACUGCUUCACUCACAACAUGGCUUAUCUGCUAUUCGCCAACAGCCUAGUUGACUACGCACCCAAGUAUCGUGGUAUGCGUACAGUAGUACUGCACGGCCUCGAGGCCUUCGCCGAUGUAGAGCUAUCUAUUGAGAAAGGUGGCUCCUGGACAAUACCUCCGUAUUUCAUCGACAGCGUCGCACACCUUGCAGGCUUCGUCAUGAAUGUAUCGGAUGCGAUGGAUACCAAAGAAAACUUCUGCGUCACGCCCGGAUGGCGCUCCAUGCGCUUCGCGAAACCCUUGGUGGCAGGAGCUCAAUACCGCUCUUAUGUCAAGAUGAUCCCAACCGUGGAUGACCCAACCGUCUACCUGGGCGAUGUAUACAUCCUCCAGGGUGAGAUGAUCAUCGGCAUGGUGGGAGGCAUACAGUUCCGCCGCUAUCCACGCAUUCUGCUCAGCCGCUUCUUCUCGGCGCCAGAUAACGCCCAUGCACCGCCAGUGGCAGUGGCAGCGGCAAAUGGUAUGAAACAGCCUGCUUCAGCAGUUAUCAAGGGCUCGCAAGGAGAGCCGAAACCAGCAGCUCCACCACAAGCUCCUUUUGCUUCUCCUAUCACAGUUCCUGUGCAAGCGCCAGCACCAGCUCCGGUUCCAUCUACGGCAGAACCCCAUAUCAAUACCGCAGAUGCCGACGCAGACACCACAACAGCGAAGGCAAUCCGAAUUAUCGCGGCCGAGGCAGGCCUCGAGUUAGCGGACUUAGUUCCUGACGCCGGUUUUGCCAGCCUAGGGAUUGACUCGCUCAUGAGCUUAGUGAUUGCGGAGAAGUUCCGCGAGCAAUUGAAUGUCGUUGUCUCAGGCAGUUUGUUCUUAGAAUAUCCCACCAUUGGAGACUUGAAAAACUGGCUAGAGGAUUACUAUAACUAG